UCGUUCUUGUGAACAGUCGGGGAAGUUCAAUCGUCAAUCCUCGGCAAGUUUGGCAGGUCGAUAAAAAAUGAACUGUUUUGUUGCUAUUUUUCCUUAGAAACUCACUGUAACCAUGAGUUUUCAAUUCAACAACCAACCUUUGGGAAAUGGGGCAAUAGUGCCCACCGGAGGUCAGUCAGGGUUCGUUCCAUCAGAUGCCAGCGAUUUUUCCAUUUUUCCUCCCGGUUUAAACGACUCUCCUUUGGAAUUCAACAUGAACAAGAAUAAGACUUCAGUGGCACGCUCAGUGGACGACAAAGACGACUCAAGUUUAAGUCCUUCAGACAAAAGGGACAGACGCCGCAUUGAGCGAAGGGAUAGGGAUCGAAGGGACACCGAUAAGUCUCGCGAUGAUUCAGAUUCGAACAUGUCCAGCUCGCAGGAUGUUAUCCCGAUCCAAAACGGGUCCAGUUUGGGGCCCAACAUGUGGGGCGGCAUGAUGGGUAUGGGGUACCCCAUGGUCGGCAUGAACAUGAUAAUGGACCCGAACAUGAUAUCGAUGAACAACUACGGCAUGAUGCCCCCAAUGAUGGCCCCCGACCCCAAUAUGAUGACCCCCGACCCGAACAUGCUCAUAAAUCCAGUCAAAGAAAUAAUCCAUUGUAAAUCCUGUACCUUAUUCCCUCCAAAUCCCAAUGCACCGCCGCCUACGACACGAGAACGGCCUCCCGGUUGUCGUACUGUUUUCGUCGGUGGUUUACCCGAAAAUAUGACCGAGGAGAUUAUAACGGAAGUUUUCGAACGUUGCGGUGAAAUCACAACUUUAAGACUGAGCAAAAAGAAUUUCUGUCAUAUACGGUUCGUGUAUGAGGCAUCGGUUGAUGCAGCGAUUUUUCUCUCCGGUUAUCGAAUCCGCAUUGGUUCGAAUAGUGAUACCCCAAAUACUGGAAGGUUGCACGUGGAUUAUGCACAGUUUUUCAAGGCUAGAGACGAUCAGUACGAAUGGGAGUGUCGGCAAAGGCAGUUGCAAAGAGAACAGAGACACAGAGAGAGGAUGGAGGAGGAGAGAUUGAGACCGCCGUCACCGCCACCUGUCGUCCAUUACACAGACCACGAGGCGAUUGCAAUUGCCGAAAAAAUCAAGCAGGAUGAUACGUUUACAAAAGCAGUGCUGGUUGUAAUUACAUGGCUGGAACGCGGCGAUUGCAAUAAAAGAAAUGCGAAUAAUUUUUACUCGAUGAUACAGUCGACGAAUUCACAUGUCAGAAGAUUGCUCAAUGAAAAGUCUCAAUACGAAGAGGAGUUGAAGAAAGCCAAAGAAAUAAUGAAGGGGCGAAUGCAAGGCAUCUUGUUACAAUUCAGUCAAAUUGAGCGAUUGUUCGUGGCGGCCUGUCACAAGAAGGUUUGGGACCAUUUCACCAAAGCUCAAAGAAAGAAUAUUGAGACUUGGAAAAAGCUGUCUAUGGAAAUCAAAAAUGUGCAGUUGGACGAGCCUGCAAGUGACAAAGCCGAUGAUGAAAUGGACGUUUCGGACGAAGACGAACCGACGAAGAAGAAGCAUCGGAAUGACGGUGCGAGCGAAGAACGGAAUAACUUGAAGGACGAGAACGAAAGUCUGAGGUGCCAAAUGGAAGCAUACAAGAAUGAAGUUGAAGUACUUAAAAUGGAUUAUAAGAAAGAGUUGGACGACAAAGACAAGCAGUUCAAGUUGUUGCAACAGACGCUUCAAGGGAUGCAGCAGCAACUCAUUGAAGCUAGGAGAAAACAGACUGAGGAAGAAACCAAAGUUAAGGAUCUCCAAUCGAAGAUUAAGCAAUUGGAGACAAAACAAAGCGAUAAAGAUAUCAUAACACUUGACGAUAGUGAGAGUAAUCAAGCCGAGACGACGUCUGAAUCAACUUGUGACGUCCAACGAUUGAACGAAUGCGAUGCUAAAUUGGUCGGAAUUAUUUCAGCGUUUCUUAAUGUGCACCCGUUUGGUGCCGGACUGGAUUACAUUUGGUCGUAUGUGAGCAAAUUAGAGGCUAAUUUGAGACCGUCAGAUAUCGAACUGUUGAUGAAUCGGUUUCCUACUGUUUUUAAACAAGAGUUGGUCGGUAUUGGAGCCAAUAUCGAACGUCGGUGGAUCUUUAAUGCGUUUAAUACGACGUCCACAAAUUAAAUAUUGUAGUCACUGUUUUGAUCUGUUUCACACUUUACCAGUGCGUUGUUUAUUUAUUUCUAGUUGAAUAAAAGUUAGUAAAGGUU